AUGGGCUGUUUACCCCGGUUUGUUGCAUAUCCAUCCGAAAUGGAAAACUUAGGCAAAAUCCAAGCAAGUUUUGCAUUAUGGCCGUUACGCUGCGCUAGUGAUGCAUUGAAUAGCCACUCUGAAGACAGGUUAUACAUUACACUAAGUGUAGGUAAGAUCAAUCUUCCAGCGCUUAUUGACACAGGAGCCAAUCAUUCGUAUAUCAGUUCCUUAGGACUCUCAUCUUUACACCAAGAACACAUCACGCUGACAUCUGUUACCUCUUAUCUUGUCGCGGUGGCUAACGGAGCGCGUGAGACGGUUAACGAAGCUGUUGCCUUCUUAGCCAGCGUAAACGGCCGUCAGGUUCAAAUAUCUUUUUAUGUCCUUCCCAACCUAACAGUUCCUUGUCUUUUGGGAAUGGACGUCAUGAGAGCACUAGGGAUAGUAAUUGAUGCUACUGAAGGGUCCUGGUGGUUUAAAGAUAUGCCUUCUUGUCGAGCUAAGUUUUCUAAGGAAUCUUUGAUUGGUCAUAACAUCGAUGUCGGAAAGAGCCAACCAAUCAUAAAGAGCAUGAUCACCUCAUAUGUUUUUGAUCAACACAAGAAAUGGGACAAUUAUCUACCUGAGCUGAUGUUCUCCCUCAACAGUUCUCUUCAUAGCUCGACGGGAUAUACACCAGCCUACUUAAACUUUGGGCGCGAACUUUUACCUCCUAAUUCAUAUUUUGGUAAAGCUAGUAGUGACCAAGUAUUGAAAUCCCUUGAUAAUUGUGUUUGGUCUGAUCAUUUAAAUAGGUUGAAGGAAUUUCGGAAGACAGCGGAAGCAAGUCUCAGCAGAGCUUCAGCGCGGCAAAGUAACUACUACAACCGUCAACGGAAGGAAGCGACGUUCAGUCAAGGAGAUCUAGUACUGCGACGGGCUCAUCCUCUCUCAUCUGCUGAACGAGGAUUCGCUAGCAAACUAGCUCCGAAAUUUGAACGACCAUUUCGUAUUUCACACAAAAGGUCAACUAACGUGAAACCCGAAGGCACACCAGCUGGACUUGGACAUGCAGCUCAACUAAAAGUUCUCGUAGGCACUUUAUCUCAUCUUAUGCCUGUUGGUGAUAGUGACAAAAGACUGUUAACGUCUUUAUUGUUCUGCCUUGGUGAAUGGACGAUGACUCUACCUAUACAACGUUUGGUUUUAGAUGACUUAAGUGAAGGGGGGAAAGGAAAAGGAGUGCAAGUUGGUUCUUUUCACCCUGAUUUAGUUCAAGAAUUUAAUUCAAAUAUUACUUAUGAUGAUCUUAAACAGCAAGAUCUGCCUCAACCAAGGCGGCCUGUCUUUACUUCUUCUCCUGUUCAUCUUAUUUCAACUACUCAUUCUAUUCAGCUGGCCGCUAAACUGUCAGGAGAUGUGGUAGAGGCAAAGGUGUACCAACAUGAUAACAAGUUCAUGCUGAAUCACGAAUCCCAUAGCAGGAAGCAAUAA